AUGAUUGCAGAGGUGUGCAUCGUGGCCGCGGCGCGCACGCCCAUGGGAGCCUUCAUGGGCGCCCUCUCCUCCCUUCCUGCCACCCAACUCGGAUCUGUCGCCAUCAAAGAGGCCGUGCGGCGCUCCGGCCUGGAGCCUGCUGACGUGGAGGAGGUGAUCAUGGGCAACGUGCUCAGCGCGAAUCUCGGCCAGGCGCCCGCGCGCCAGGCGUCUAUGGGCGCGGGCCUCCCCGAGAGCGUCGUCGCCACCACCGUCAACAAAGUCUGCGCUUCGGGCAUGAAAGCCAUCGCGCUGGCGGCGCAGUCGAUCAUGCUGGGGAUCAACGAGGUCGUGGUGGCAGGCGGCAUGGAGAGCAUGAGCAACGCGCCCUACUACCUCUCCAAGGCGCGCGGCGGCUACCGCUUCGGCAACGCGGAGAUCAUGGACGGCAUGCAACGCGACGGGCUGUGCGACGCGUACGCCGACGACCCCAUGGGAUGCUUCGCGGAAACCUGCGCGGAGGAGUAUAACAUCUCGCGCGCGGACCAGGACGACCAUGCGGUGCUGACGCACCAGCGCGCCGCAGCGGCGAAUGCGGAGGGGGCGUUUGAGUGGGAGAUUGUACCGGUGGAGGUGAAGGUGGGGAAGGGCAAGCCGGCUUUAGUCGUCGAUCGCGACGAGGCGUGCGCGAAGUUCGACGAGAAGAAGCUGCGGAAUCUGCGGCCGUGUUUUAAGGAGCACGGGACAGUCACGGCGGGGAACGCGUCGGCGAUUAGCGACGGCGCGGCGGCCGUGGUGCUGACGAGCCGCGGCAAGGCGGACAGCCUGGGGCUCAAAGUGCUCGCCGUGAUUCGCGGCUUCGCAGACGCCGAGCAGGCCCCUGAGCGCUUCACCACAGCCCCCGCGCUCGCCAUUCCGCGCGCUUUGAAGCACGCGUGCAUAGACCCCGCUGAGGUGGACUGCUGGGAGGUCAACGAAGCCUUCUCCGUGGUGGCGCUGGCCAAUCAGAAGCUGCUGAACGUGCCAGCUGAGCGCCUAAACAUGCAUGGCGGCGCUGUGGCGCUGGGGCACCCGCUGGGGUGCAGCGGGGCGCGCAUCAUUGUCUCGCUGCUGGGGGUGCUGCGGCGGAAGGGUGGCCAGAUUGGUGUUGCUGGAGUGUGCAACGGUGGUGGUGGAGCCUCAGCCAUGGUCAUCGAGGCGGAGUCCUUGGAUCACUCCAGUGCCCAUGCGCACCUCUGA